AUGUCAGAUCAAUCUACCAUCCGACUUGCAUCUCCGGAAGGCAAGUUGUUCCCCCUUCUCUCCCAUGUCCCUUAUAUCCUCCAAUUCAUCCGAGAACUUGCCGAUUAUGAAAACGCCAUCCACGAAGUCGAAGCCACGCAUGAAUCCCUCUUAGAAACUCUAUCAUUCCCCGAUACACCUCCGAAACGAGGUGCAGCGUAUACUGCACUCGUCAUCCCACCUGCCAGCUCGGACAACCCAAGUCCGAAGCCAGUAGGAAUGGCCAUAUUUUUCUAUAACUAUUCGACGUGGCGCUCCCGGCCGGGAAUCUAUCUCGAGGACCUAUAUGUUCAGCCCAGUGCGCGCGGAAAUGGAUACGGAUUUAAGCUGCUUAAAUACCUAGCCGCCAAAGUGUUGGAAGUCGAUGGGCGACGAUUGGAAUGGAUCGUUCUGAAAUGGAAUGAGCCCAGUAUUAAAUUCUACAAACAAGUUGGGGCUAAACCUAUGGAUGAAUGGAUGAAGAUGAUGGUUGAGGGCCCAGCAUUGCGUACCUUGGCGGAAGAUCUAUGA